AUGGAGUUUGAAUCCAACCUGACUACAAUUGCUUCACAAGUGUUUGAUGGCACCAACUACCAGAUGUGGACAGUGCGCAUGGAGACCUAUUUGGAGGCCCUAGAUCUCUGUGAGGCAGUGGAAGAGGACUAUGAGAUACCUGCACUUUCUGCUAAUCCUACUAUGGCAAAAAUAAAAGCACACAAGGAGAAAAAGACCAGGAAAUCAAAGGCAGAAGCUUGCCUAUUUGUAGCAGUGUCACCAAUAGUUUUCACUCGAAUUAUGUCAUUCAAAUCAGCAAAAGAGAUAUGGGACUAUCUCAAGAGUGAAUAUGCAAGUGAUGAAAGAAUUAAGAGCAUGCAAAUUCUUAAUUUAAUAAGAGAAUUUGAACUUCAAAGGAUGAGAGAGUCUGAGUCCAUCAAGGACUAUUCUGACAAGUUGUUGGGCAUAGCAAACAGAGUUAGAUUGCUGGGAGCAGAAUUUAAAGACUCAAGGAUUGUAGAAAAGAUUCUUGUCUCAGUCCCUGAGAAGUAUGAAGCAUCAAUUACUGCUCUUGAGAAUACUAAAGAUUUGUCAAAAAUUGCUCUUGCAGAAUUGCUAAAUGCUCUUCAAGCACAAGAGUAG